CAAGUCUAGUAGAUAUUGAAGUCUGUGGACGAGGUUAACGUUGAAGAGGCAUUUACGAUCUUUCUCAAUCGCAUGGAUCUGUAUAUUCGCGAACGGAGGUGCAGCGAGAGGAAACACCGAACAAUCAACGAGACACCUGACACAAUUUCGGCCGACAACUGCCAGAAAUGUUAUCUGCAAUCGUGAAGGAACACCAGGGCAAGCAAGCGGCGAGAAAAGAAAGGCAAGAGCAAAAGCGAAAAGAUGCCGUUCAGGCUGCGAGCAACUUGACGCAAGCCCUCGUUGAUCACUUGAAUGUCGGCGUGGCCCAAGCGUACCUGAAUCAGAAGAAACUGGACGCGGAAGCCAAGCAGCUGCAGCACAGCGCAACCAAUUUUGCCAAGCAGACGCAAUUGUGGCUGAACCUGGUGGAGUCCUUCUCGAGCUCCUUAAAAGAGAUCGGCGACGCAGAAAACUGGGCGCGUAGCAUAGAAGGGGACAUGAGGACAAUAGCGACCGCUUUGGAAUAUUCAUACAAAGCCACACAAGAGAAUCAAAGUGUCGGUAAUGUCUGAGAGCCACCACGGUGCGGAACAUCGUUUCUUCUUGCGAGCAUAAUCUUGUCGCUACGUGCAAUGUGAAGAUUCCUUUUAAUAAUUUCGUGAUGCAGAAAAGUCUGUUAAGAUAUAGUGCUUGCGCAAUUUGAGUUAAGAAGAAAAGCCUUUGUACAUAAGUUUUCAUAGAGUUAAGUGUAUGAAUCAACGUAUCGUUUUAAUUAAAAAGAUGUAUCGAACUGUUAGUACAAAA